UAGUCGUGAGCGGCCAUGUAUACACACCACCUUGGUAAGCCGACUCCAAAGAAAGCACGAGAGACCGCAUAUAGCGGUAGAAACUGUAUAUAUCAGGUUUUUUUUGUUUGUUGAGGAGGAAUUAUCUAUAAAAGAAUUUAAUUACUGUACAAAUGAGUUCCGCAGUAACAGAUUCGGCUCCGGUAGCUGACAAUUUGAUAACAAUGUCUGGAGUACAGAAUACAACGAAAAAGAAACCAGAUAAGAAAAGCAGAAACCAAAUUCGAAGGGAAAAGAAGAAACUGAAACGACUUCAGGUGAAAAAAGAACAGGAUACAGGUGCUGCUCAAACUCUAACAGAUCAUCAUGCAAAAGAUAAGUCUUUAGUGAAAAAAGAAGAGCCCGAGGAUUCUAUUUAUGACACACCCGUUGUUGUUGAAUCAAUUACUAUUGAGUCAGAUGAUCCUUUGUAUAGUCAGUUCCAACAUAUUCUUGAGAAAUUUCGGGUUGAAGAAACGGAAGAUGCCACUGGUGAAUACGGACGUGGUCAAAUCAUGUUCUCUGAUGAAGAGGAAUUGAGUGAAGGAGAAAACGCCGAAGGUGAAGGGGACCAUGCUGACGGUAAUCAUACUUUGAGCAAAAAGAAAGCACGGCGUUUAAGACGGAAAACUGUAGCCCAAUUAAAGAUGCUGGCAGAACAUCCGGAAGUUGUGGAAUGGUGGGAUGUCUCGUCGCCAGAUCCUCUCUUGUUAGUACAUUUAAAGGGUUAUCGGUGUACGAUUCCUGUUCCACAGCACUGGAACCAAAAACGUGAUUACCUUAGUGGCCAAAGAGGUGUAGAAAAGAAGCUCUUUGAGCUACCGUCUUAUAUUCGUGCUACUGGAAUCAUGCAAAUGCGUGAAGCAGUUCAUCAAAAAGAAGCCGAUAUGAGUUUACGGCAAAAGAUGCGAGAAAAAGUUCAACCCAAGAUGGGUAAACUUGACAUCGACUAUCAAAAACUGCACGAUGCCUUUUUCCGUUUUCAAACUAAACCUAUCAUGACGGGCUUUGGUGAGUGUUAUUAUGAAGGAAAAGAAUUGGAAGCCAAUAUCAAGGAAAAACGCCCAGGAGACAUUUCAGAAGAGCUGAGAGACGCACUGGGAAUUGCCGUAGGUGCACCACCACCGUGGUUAUUUGCAAUGCAACGCUAUGGUCCUCCGCCCAGUUAUCCUAAUCUUAAAAUACCCGGUGUAAAUUGUCCAAUUCCAGAAGGUGCACAAUGGGGCUUUCAUCCCGGCGGUUGGGGAAAACCACCGGUGGACCAAUUUAAUCGGCCUCUGUAUGGCGAUGUGUUUGGAAAUGCGAAACCUCGCAUGCCUGAAAUGGAGGCAGAGCCCGUUAACAGGCAGCGCUGGGGCGAGCUGGAGGAAUUUGAAGAAGAAGAAUCUUCCAGUGACGAAGAGGAAGAGGAGGAGGAACCAGAAGAGGACAUGGGUCAUCCGGAAAUGGAAGAACAUGCACACAUACAGCACACCACUCAUGAACCUUCACGGCCAGCUGCAGCUACUGUGGAGCCUAUCACUUCAUAUGGUAUUGCUGAAGACUUGGCUCCUGAAAAUAUGGAGCUUCGUAAAAAUGCCAGGCCAAAAUCCAGUACUAGUGAUGAAAAGUUAUAUCAUGUUUUGCCUGAAAAGGCGACUCGUCCGGAGGGAUUUAUGGCUCAACAGACACGUUACGAAACGCCCUCCACAAGUGCAGAUUAUGACCAACAAGGAAGGAAGAGAAAGGCAGAAGAUGUGCCUAUCACCACAAAGCUGAACAAUUCUGAAGAUGCGCGGUCGCGAAAUCCUGGUUCUGAUUGGCAAAAUGACUUAUCGGAAAUGGUCGCAGAACAGGUUCAAAAAGUCUCUGCGAAGAGACAACGUCCGGCACCUACGAAAAAGGAAAAGUUUAGACUCUAAAGUAAUGAUAUAUUUUGUUAAUGAGUGGAAAACUCAAUUGCAUAACCGAAGCGUUAAGUAGAAACGCAAUAAGACAGGAAUAACUUCAUUACACCCAAAUUAAACAUUUAUUCCUAAUAAAAUAUCAAAAACUAAUCCAAAACUGUUCUUUUAAGUUUAUGCAAAUCCUUAUGGCUAUGUUUUUCCUUAAGUUUUCUCUUAUACCGACUGCGUUUGGAGACUGGAACGGCUGCGGGAAUAAGACCACGAGCUUGAGCACUACGGAAACGAUCAACGAACAGAUUGCCUUCGGGCUUCAAUUGACGAAGCGAGCCGCUAAGUUCGUCACCGAGCUUCAGUUCCAAGGGAGCCUCAGGAAUGGCAUGCUUACCCAGUCGACGCUUACGCACCUUAAGCUCUGUGACAACGGUGGUAGUCGUUUUCUGAACCAGCUCCAAAGUUUCGCUGGAGGACGAAGGUUCCAAAUUGGCAAUUUCAGUAGCCAUUUCAGGUGCCUUUUCAAUCUGUUUUUCGAGUUCUUGCAUUUGUUUAAGGCGUUGUUCCUCGCGUUCUUGCUCACGACGGCGCUUCUCCUUGUUACGCUGAGCCCUUGUUUUCCGUUUAGGAGUAUCCCUCAGUGUGACCUCGCUAGUCUUCUGUUUUUCCUCCUGUUCACUUUCAGAAGAUGCAUCCUCAUCAGGAAUGUCUACACGGAAAUCCUCUUGCUUGGAAGCAGCGAUCAAACGGACUCGUGCCUCUUGUUUUUCGCGCUCUAAACGCAUUUGCUCCUUUGCAGCUUCUUCUUGACCCUUGCGUUCCAACAAGGACAUCCAAGCCUGAGCAUCGGGGUUGUAAGACAUUCCUGGAUCGGCUACAACGACAGCAGGAGCCUGUUCCACGUUUUCCACAAGUUUCACGGGCUCGUGAUCCAAAGUCUUAGGCCGUUUUACAGGAAUAAUAGACUCGGGAUGGACAUUGUCAUCCCAAACAUCGUACAGUCCAUGAUUGGCAUUGGUAUUCUUGUCAUUGAGAGCAGCCGAAGCCUUCAGGUUACCGUCACCUUUUCUAACAAGGGCUUUCAGACGAUUUAAUUCCUUUUUCGACAUAACCUUCUUUCGUUUUGAAGGAAGAACGCCAUUAGUGACCAUUCCGGACUUAAUGUGUUGCACAGGUGCCUCAAUAGCAGACCGUUUAUUUAAAAUCUCGUCGAUCUUGAGAGGUUUUAAUUUCUUCUUUGUUUUUUUCGCGAUUCUCUCGUCUCCGAGAGUAUCGACCACGAACAAGGCAUCAUUAGACUUUUCUGCGAUGAUACCACUGCAAUAUUUGUUAGUUUAUUCGUUUCAACGUCUUGAACCACAGAUACACACCCUUGAACCUCCUCUUCGCGAACUUUUUCAAGUCCUCUCUCAACGUCUUCAAGAUCAAUGUUUUUUCUCCAUGCCCGCUUCGAUUUCCUGCUCGACUGUUUGUACUGAACAGGAGCGUCUCUGGAUUUCAAGCCCAUUUUCCAAGACGCGACAGAAUUGGCGAGGAGUUCCUGGUUGGGAGAGGGUAGGAGCGGGCAAACGCGACUAGGAGUUUGCCUCAGUGUACCUUGUAUUGCAUUCCAAUGCCUUAAAACAAAUUGCACGGCUCCUUAUAUUUCGUUAUAGUGAAUUUGCUUAAAAACAGAAAUACGAAUUUAAAAAUAAGCUUAGAG